UUAAUAUAUGCUCCUUCUAUAUUACGUUUCAGUAUCUUUCCUUCUCUUUUCCAUUAAAGCAUGUCGACGACAAUCAGCAUACGGUCCAUGUCAUGCUCCACCUCCCCCCGCGGCAUCGCCGCCGUCGUCGGCGUCGGCCCCAAGCUCGGCCGCUCCGUCGCCUGCAAGUUCGCCCACGAAGGCUACACCGUCGCCAUCCUGGCCCGCGAUCUCGGUAACCUAUCGCGGUUGGCGGAGGAGAUCGCGCUGGAGGCGAAGGCGCAGGUGUUCGCCAUCCGCAUGGACUGCUCCGACUCCAAGUCGGUCCGCGAGGCCUUCGAGGGGGUUCUCUCCCUCGGCUUCGUCGAAGUGCUGGUGUACAAUGCCUGCGAGCCGCCCGCCGCCAGCCCGCCCACCAGCUUCGCCGCCGUCACCCUGCACUCCUUCGAGCGCUCGCUCGCCGUCUCCGCCGUCGGAGCUUUCCACUGCGCCCAACAUGUAAUUCCCGGCAUGGCGGAGAGGGGCAGAGGCACCAUAAUCUUCACCGGAUCUUCCGCCUCGCUCAUCGGAUUCGCAGGCCGCUGCGAGCUAAGCUGCGGUAAAUUUGCUCUGAGGGGAUUGUCUCAGUGCCUCGCCAGGGAAUUCCAAUCCUCUGGAAUUCACGUCGUGCACGCCGUCAUCGACGGGGUUAUCGGUUUAGCAAGCGCACGCGGUCGAUCCUCCAGAGGAGAACAGAGCCCGACGCUGGUGGAUCCGGACGCAAUAGCGCAGACUUACUGGCACAUCCAUACGCAAAAGAAGGGCGCAUGGACGCAAGAGAUCGACCUGCGAGCGUCCAUCGACUCACCUACCAGUACCGGGGCUGUAUGAUCCAUCAUUCUCCAUUAAUUGUUACCUGCAAAAGGACAAGAUUUAAUAUGUAUGAUUCCUUGAAUCUAUGUAUCAAUCAUUGCUGGGCCCGUGGGAAUUAAUGAGGGCAAUAAAGGACUCGAUGUGAACAAAUGUGAAGUGUAUGAUCAUGAGGGAUGAAUCGUGUCACUUUCGGGUGCACAUGAUUUGUAUUAGAUGACAGAUAACGUGUAGUUCUUUCCGUUAGAUUCCAAAAUCGUUAUUGGCAA